AUGCCCUCCAUUGCCACCUCGACGACCAAGGCCAAGGCGCUAGAGGAGGAUGACGCUGCUCCACCCCAAUCAGCAAGCACCCGCAAAACGCGGCCUUUGCGUCGCAAGACCUCCCACUCGGUCAUCGAGAGGAGGCGAAGGGAAAAGAUCAAUGAGCGGCUGAUCAGACUUCAAGAGAGCGUACCCGCUUGUCGUCAAGAGGCGCAAGAGAUGCUGAGCAGCAAGUUGAGCAACGUCAAGGGCAAAAAGAGGUUGGCUGAGGCGGAUCGGCAAGAAGAGAUCGAGAGGCGCAUCAAGCAGGAAAUGGUUCUGGAAAAGCUGUGCAUCAUCAGCCACACGGUUGGUGCGUGCUGCGAGCCCAUUUGCAUCGCAUCGCAUCGAUCCGAUUGCGACCGAUGGGACUGA